AUGGAAAUUGAUUAUAUUUCUAAAAUUCAAUUAGAAUUGACCGAAUGGCCCAAUAAAUUUCUAUGGCAAAGUGAUCGUGAUUAUUACCAUGAAGGGAAAAUCCUCUAUGCUCGCAAAAGAAGGCGCAAAGUGGAAUGCUCAUCGAGUAAUCCAAUUCAAUGGUAUCAUGAUGAUAGUGUUGAUUUAUACGAUAUUAACGAUGAUUGCCAAUAUAAAUAUUUCCUACGAUUAACAGAAAGAGUUCAACAACUUAGUAAAAUUAGAUUACAGAAAUUUUUUAAAGUGGCCCUGAUAGAAGGAUUUGAAAAGUGGGCACAACGUCUCAUUGAUAAUGGUAUAGAAAUCGAUUCGUUUAACUACAGUAUUAAACAAAGUCCAUUAGGUAUUUGUAUUCGACGUGGCCAUGUUCAUUGUGUUCGAAUGUUAUUAACUAAUGGUAUAUCAGUAAAUAAAGUAGGUAAAAACUUGCUUUUUGGUGAUGUAACAUUUUUUCAUUUAGCUGCUUUUGAGUAUCAAAUGGAAUGCUUAAAAAUUUUAAUUCAAACAUGUUUUGAUUCAAUUAAUAUUCUACCUAAAAUCCAUAAGGUGGUCAUGAAAGGUGAUCUCGAAAGCACUAAAAAGUGUUUAUGUACAGAUAAUCAUACAAAUUGGAAUAUAUUAAUUGAUGAUGGUAAAUGUACGCCCUUAUUUUGGGCUAUUAUAUUAGAUUACGUUGAAAUUGUUCAACUAUUACUAGAAAAUAACUGCCAACAAACGAUGAUGGUGGUAGAUUCAUCACCUUUAUCUCAUCCACUUUAUGUCGCUAUUUUAUGGAAAAGUAAAAAAUGUUUCAAUCUAUUUGUAAAUCGAUAUCAAACUAUGCUAUUGCAAACUUAUCAAGACGAUGAUCAUAGUCGGUAUCAAUUACCCUUCAAUCCAUUACAAAUUGCAGCUAGAUAUAACUUCCAUUAUGGAAUUGAAUUAUUAUUAAAGAAUGAAGAAAUCGUUAUUGCAAGUAACAAUUAUUCGCCAUUAAUUAUCGCAACUCAACAAGGCCACGCUGAUUGUGUGAAAUUAUUAUUAACCAUUUUUAGUGCUAAUAUACCACGACGAUCACAAUUAGACAAUAAAAGUGAAUCCAUAUCAGCAAUAUCUAUUGCAGUUGAAAGAUCGGAUCUAGAAUGCUUACGAAUAUUACUUCAAGCCGGUGGCAAGGUCAAUUUAAGAAAUCGUUAUACCUACAUCACUAAAGGUGGUAUCAAAAUUGAAAAAACCAAAUCCCCUCUGUAUCUGUUAUUAGAAAAUAAUCCGUUAAAAUAUGGUAAAAAUAUUAUUCAGAUGUUACCUUCUGAUGACAUUAAUUUAUUAUGUGCUUACUUAACGGACUCCCACAUAGAUAUUGAAAUAGUGGUUAAAUCAAUGAAAUAUUAUCAAUGUUUAGACUUGUUAUUUAAAAAUGACGCACAAUUACAACCUGAGCUAAAUGAUUCCAUAUUGAAUAUCAUUAUCGAAAAAGGUUAUCAAAGUUGGUCCGGAUUGCAAAACGUUCCCAUGCAAGAAAGAUAUAAGCAAUUAAUUAAAAAAUUAUAUCAGUUAGCAUAUCGUUAUGAUAAGGAACGGCAAGAUUGUCAACCAAUAAUUGAUGAUGGCGAUGAAAUAUUUAAAAAGGAAUGGAGACAAUUUAAAUACUUACGCAAUGGAUAUGUUAGUAAAGCAUAA